AUGGCGAGGUUCGGGGGGCAAAAGAGCCUCACUGCACCACAGGGAAAGCACGACGUGACAACCAUAUUGAACUACUGGGACGACCCUGGCGACGGUUCCAAGCCGACUCCGAUUGUCAUCGGAAAAGGCAGGAUAACAAAUGAUCGGCCGCAUCUACCACACGGCGUUAUUGUGUCAGAUGUUAGCGGCGACGAGGAUCGAUACACCCUCGACAGCCACGGAUUUCAAUACUGUCGAAGUCCAAGCAAAGAGAAGGAUUUUUUGGACGACAGCAAGAUCGUAACGGAGUACUACCCCGAGUGCGAGCAGCUUUUGAAAGGCGUCAGACGAGGCCCAACUCAUUGGCAUCAUCUGGGGUUGAAGAACCUUGCGAACCGUGGGCCUGUCACAAAAACGCACGUGGACCAGUCAUACGACGGGGCGGAGUUGCGACUGAGAUGGGAGCUUCCCAAUGAGGCGGACGACUUGGUGCAGAGGAGAUACCAAAUCAUAAAUGUCUGGCGCCCGAUCAGGACCGUCGACAAAGACCCCAUUGCUGUUGCCGACGCGAGUUCGGUCCCCGACGCAGAUCUUGUGGCGGCUAUUAUGGUCGAAGAUGACUACCAUGGAGAACAAUGGGUUGUGAGGCAUAACGCAGCUCAUCGCUGGUUUUAUAAACAUCUUUUGAGCCCCGAAGAGGUGCUUCUGAUCAAAUGUUUCGACUCGAAGGAGGAUGUAGCUCGGAGAGCGCUGCACUCGGCUUUUGAGGACCCGGCUUAUCGAGACAGAGAGUCUCGGCAGAGCAUUGAAGUCAGGUGUUUGCUACUGUACGAUGCAUGA